CUCUGAUUCCUCAAAUCCGCCCAUUCAGCCAUUCGGACCAAAUUUGUUAAAAAAAAAAAAAACACUCGCAAUCGAAAGCUCUCUGCUCAAUUUACUUCAAUCUUAUGUCAGACACUAAGCUUUCCGAAUGAUUCGAUUCUGGCGAUUUAUGUCCAAAAAGAUUUCAAUAAUGUAGCCAAAUAUACAAAAAGCUCAAACAGACUUAUAUUACAGCAUGACUAUCAUAACUGAGCCGGAAAAUAUGCGAAGAAAACGGAAAAUUUGUUAUGACGUCAUUAUCCAUGAAAAUUCAAAGUGGCCGGAAAAUUUGAGGCGUCUUGAACCUUGAGUGUGAGGGCGGCGUGCGUACGGCGUGCAUUCCGUUGGUACCUGCGUGUUUGGUUUGAAUUUUGGUAUUAUUAGGCUCUCAGAGAUGUCUACGGAAGCCCCUCCACCAGCCAAAGCUAGGAAAUUGGACGAGUCAGGUGAUGGAGAAGACGGCAAGGAUUUUGAUGCUGAAUCACAAAAAGCGAUCGAAGAGAUUGAUGGGUGUCAAAAUGAAAUCGACUCCCUGAACGAAAAAGCCAGCGAAGAGAUUCUCAAAGUGGAGCAAAAGUACAACAAGAUGAGGAAACCAUUCUUUGAGAAGAGGAACAAAAUCAUCCAGAAGAUCCCUAAUUUCUGGGUUACGGCAUUUGUAAACCAUCCACAAGUGUCAGCAUUAUUAGAUGAAGAAGAGGAAGAGUGUCUUCACUACAUGACCCAGCUGGAAGUUGAAGAGUUUGAUGACAUCAAGUCUGGAUAUAGGAUCAAGUUCCAUUUCUCAAGCAACCCCUACUUCAAGAAUGAGGUGCUGCAAAAAGAGUUCCACCUUGGCUCAUCAGAACCCCGAUCUGAGUCGACAAAGAUCGAGUGGAAGGACAAGAUGAACCUGGUCGAGAACGCCAAGAGCCGGAUGGCCAAGCUGAAGCAGGGCCGGAAGCGCGGCCUGGACGUCAAGUCCUUCUUCCUGUGGUUCGAGGAUCACGAGGACCCGUCCCAGGACGAGAUCGCCGAGGUCAUCAAGGACGACAUGUGGCCGAACCCGCUGCAGUAUUUCCUGGUGCCCGACAUCGAGGUGGAAAAUGGCGUCGAGGAGGAGGAGGAUGAGGACGUUGACGAGAACGUGGUCGUCGUGGAGGGGGAGGAUGAGCUGGGGGAGGAGGAGGACGGCGACGAUGAUGAGGACGGCGAGGGUCUGGAGGGUGACGAUGACGACCUGGACCAGGCGGGCGCCGAAGAGGAGGAGGAGGCGGACGACGACUGAGACACACGUGCUCUAACCGCGUGAGACCGGGUCACCCGCGCACUCCGGCCGGCGAGCGCCCCCGACGGUCAGUGUCUCUGCGCCGCGCACCGCUCGGCCGGGCACUCGCCAGACAUCUGUACAUACUCAGCGUUCGUUUCAUCGUGACCGCGGCGCGGGGCGUGCACUGUGCGGCCGCCGGUGUCCGAAGGACCGGCGCGCCGCGGCGCCCGGCGGUGUGUGUUUUUUACAUGUCUGUGCCGGCCGGCGUGAGAGACUGUGACACGUGUGGGUGUGUCUGUCCGCGUGUGUCUGUGCGGGUGUUUUGUUAGGCCGAUGUGUGGCUGUGUUGACCGAGGAGUGAUUCUCUGCGUCUGGUCAAGUUUGUCGUAGUGCCGUUCGGCCGCAUGUUGGCUCCCGCUGCCGUCGGUCCGUCGACCCAUUCCGCGGAUAUUUAAGUCGGUAAUACACCGUGUGACAAAGUCAAAA